AUGGGCUUCAUACUGCAGACUAGUGUCAUCUUCAGCGUCAUUCUUGGCGUGGCCCUGCAGCUCGUACUCAAGGACCCCGUCUGGAUGGCCUUCGGCAUUGGGAAGACUUUCCAGCCUCUAUCUGACUUCCCCUACUCGUGUCGCCGCAUCAAGGACCCCAGGCUGCAGGCAUGCGAAGACAUGUGGCUAUCCGAGGCCACGCGCCAGCUGUUUCUGGCCUGUUCUGACCCUCUGUCUCGCCAGCAAUGGAUGCCCAACGCCCACCGCCUUAACGCUUCGGGCCGCUCCACCAGGGAUGCUGUCGUUGCCAUGGAUAUUGACAGUCCCAACGGCGAUGGGUUCGAGUACCGCACUCUUUCCACCACCGGCUUUUCUGGCACAGCCGGCGAUGGCCUGCUCCAGCUUGUCGGGUUGACAGGAAUUGAUUCCCCGGCAGGUAACAAGAUCGAGCUUCUUUUGGUUAACAACCGCCCAACUGUUGACCCCGCCACCGGCAAACUACUCGACCAAACGGUUGUGGGUGCCAAUUCCACCAUCGAGGUCUUCGAGACCGGUUCUCAAGCUGUUGGAAUGAAGCACGUCCGAACCUUUGCUGGUGCCAAUGUCUCAACCCCGAACAACAUCGCGGCACUGUCUAGCGAUGCCUUUUACUUUACCAAUGAUCGUGGCGUCAACAAAGUUGGCUUGAAAUCCAUUGUUGGCACUUUGCUAGGCCAAGGUGACGUAUCAUUCUGUUCCGUCUCAAAGGGGUGCAAACGCGUCUCGGAGCGCCACCGGUUCCCCAAUGGCCUCGUCCGCGGCCUCGAUGGCCUCAUCUAUGUCCCGAGCGCUUUGGAAGGCGGCGUCCAGGUAUAUAAAGUCAUGUCCGAAGACGGUGGGCUCCAGAAAGUGGCCCACAUCCCCGUGCCGUACUCCAUCGACAACCUGUCGGUGGACGACAAGGGUGACAUCUACGCCGCCGUGUUCCCGCGGGGCAUCGAGAUCCUGCAGGCGUCUAACGACCCGCUCAACGCGAGGCCGAAGAGCGCCGCCGUGCGCAUUCACAAGGAUGGCGACGGUGUAUACGUGUGGGAGAAGGUCAUCGAGGACGGAGCGGGUGAGGUGUUGCCGGGGUCUACCGUGGUUGUCCACGAUGCGAAGACUGGAAGAUUGUUUUUCGGGGGCGUGAUAUCGCCGUUCAUCUCGGUCUGCGAGCCGACAAAAUGA